GGCCCGCCCGCACCCCGCCGGGCGCCCCGUGCCGCCGCCGCCGCCUCGCUCGGCGGAGCUGCUGCGGGCGCCCGCCCUCCGCGCGCCGGCCGCCGUGGAAUAUGGUUGGGGAAAUGGAAACCAAGGAGAAGCCGAAGCCGAGCCCCGAUUACCUGAUGCAGCUGAUGAACGACAAGAAGCUGAUGAGCAGCCUCCCCAACUUCUGCGGGAUCUUCAACCACCUCGAGCGGCUGCUGGACGAAGAAAUUAGCAGAGUACGGAAAGACAUGUAUAACGACACAUUAAAUGGUAGUACGGAGAAGAGAAGUGCAGAAUUACCAGAUGCUGUGGGACCUAUUGUACAGUUACAAGAGAAACUAUAUGUGCCUGUAAAAGAAUAUCCAGAUUUUAACUUUGUUGGAAGAAUCCUUGGGCCCAGAGGAUUAACAGCUAAACAGCUUGAGGCAGAAACAGGAUGCAAGAUAAUGGUCCGAGGGAAGGGCUCAAUGAGGGACAAAAAGAAGGAAGAACAAAACAGAGGCAAGCCCAACUGGGAACACCUGAAUGAAGAUUUGCAUGUACUUAUCACUGUGGAGGAUGCUCAAAACAGAGCAGAAAUAAAACUGAAGAGGGCUGUUGAAGAAGUAAAAAAGUUACUGAUACCCGCAUGUUGGUGCAGCCUCACCUUGAAUAUUGCAUGCAGUUCUGGGCUUCACGAUAUAAAGAGGUUGUCAAGGUCCUUGAAAGUCCAGAGGAGGACAACAAAGCUGGAGGGCACAUCCUAUCAGGAGAGGUUGAGGAUGCCUCGGUUGUCCAGUCUGAAGAAGAGAUGGCUGAGAGGCGACCGUGUUGCUCUCUGCAACUUCCUGAGGAGGGGAAGGGCAGAGGGAGGCACCCAUCUCUUCUCCCUGAUCACUGAUGGCAGGAUGCAUGGGAACAGCACAGAGUUGUGCCAGAGAUAGACUAUUUAUAAGGAAAAAUUUCUUUCCCGUGAGGGUGGUCAAGCACUGCAACAGGCUUCCUGGUGAGGUGGUUGAUGCUCCGUGCCCAUCAGUGUUCAAGACACGUUUGGACAAUGCCCUUAAUCAUGAGCUUUAACUUUUGGUUAGCCAUAAAGUGGUUGGGCAGUUGGAUUAGAUGCUCCUUGCAGGUCCGUUCCAUAUGAACUAUUCUCUAUCUAAAAUAUUGAUGAAAUAUUUGAUAUGAAAUCUUGAUGAAAUAUUAAUAAAUGUACUUUUCCUUGUCAGUGAACUUCCUGUGAGGCUUGGAGGGUUGGUUGUUUUUUCCCCAAACUUUGUAUGUAUGUCUUAACUGCAGUCGAAUUGUAUUGAUCUUGGGUACCAAAAGUUAUAUUUUUUGUUCAGAUUGUUUUCUUUUUUGAAAUUGCAGCCUUGUACCUAAGUGGAAGAAAUGCUACUUGUAGGAUUGUUCUUGAGGAGACAUAGUAUGAAGAGGAAAAAUUUGUCACCCUGCACUUUUAACACAUAUUUAUACUAAAUAUUAACCAGAAUGUAUUGAAGAGGUCAGAUAACUGUAUGUACAAGUCGUCUUGGCAGUGCUUUCUGGAGGAAAGAUUUUUGUGUGCAGUAACAGUAAAGUAACCAGUAAGCACUUCCAUUUUCAGGCUAUUUAAAGCAUGCUGUAUUGCCAGUGUUAGUUUUGAAAUCUAGAUGUCUAAUUAUACAAAAACAAAGCUUGUCAUACAGACAUCUGUGGUUUAGUGCUGACUGAUGAUUUAUAGUCAUCAAGCUUCUCUUCAUUAUGCUAUUUUGACGUCAGAACACAAAAAAAUUCUAAGCUUUGGAAAAAUGGCCAGGGUUUUCCACCUCAUAUUCAAUAGGAAACUUGAGUGUCUCUUUUUAAACGGUACUGAAAUGCUUUAGCAUGCAGUAGAGCACUAAUGAGAUUUUCUUUAAUACGUUGCUUAUAGGCUAAGGUUUUAAUAUGGGAAUGUUCUUGAGCCCGUGUCAGGAGAAACAUAGUUGGCCAUGAUGUAUGAGAUUGGAGCUAUCUUAAAUAGCUUAAGUCAUGUCGGACUGAGUCAUUAGUAGCUUACUUUAACUUAAACUUGGGACUGGUAAACUGUCCCGGAAAGUGAAAGCUUAGAUGAAGUGUUCCUGGAAAGUCACGUUGCUUGGAACACAGUGAUUAAUGAGACGUAUUUAUUGCUUUAUCAAGUUAAUUUUUCUUGUGUAUUGUUGGAAAUGGUAUCUUUUCUGCUGUUUUUUUCUUAUGUAUUUACAUAGGUAUUUUCAAAGCUUCAUUUUAUUUUCAAAUAUGUUGUAUUAGUAAGAAUAAUAAAUGGUUGAUCUUGCUUUAGGGAUGAUAUCUCCACUAAAUUUCAGAAUGAAAUGUAGAAAAAUAACAUGCAGAAUCCACAGAUCUAUGGUGGAAUCGCUGGUGGCUAUGCUACUUCUUUCUCACGGGAGAUUAACACUGAACAUAAAUGGAAUCUUUCAGUAACACUAGCAGCUGUUGUGACUCUGAGACCCAGGUCUCUUGGCACUUGUGUGCUUAGAUGAUCUCAGAUGCCAGAUUUGGAGUGAUUGACGAAGGAAAAGACAACCUUCCACGUUUUCACAUCUGUUGCAAAUCCUGGACAAUGCUUGUAAAGGGAUGCUCUUUGGUCAAAGGAUAAUUUUUGCCUUUGAUAGGUGAAACUCACUCAGGAUCAAAUGAUACAGGUCUGUAGAUAGCAAAUGAGUACAGGCUGUACAUCGAGGAGCUGGGGACGUUCAUAGGUAUCUGCAGCAAUAUAUGCUGGGAAGCACAGCAGUGAUGGUUUUACAUCAGGUGUAAUUAGAUAGUGGAAGAUCCUUUUUAAUAUCCAGACAAUCUGUCUGAACCAGUUGUUAUGACUAUCCUGUUAGUUUUUCAACAGACAUUUGGAAGCUAGAAAGAGCCAUUGAUGGUCAGUGGUAUUAGGGUCGGAGAACCUUCCAAAAUAGUUUACAUUUAAUGUCAGUAGAUUCAGAUUCUUGAGCAAUGUCUCUACCAAAUAUUGUUUUUACAGUGAUGGUUCCAUGGAGAACUUUUCCCAGAAAUGACUGCUUGACCUUUACCAUGAGAUGUUUUCACACUUUGAAUUCUGACUCUCUUAAACUUGUGGAGGGAUACUUAAUUUAUCUUAAAAUACCAAUAUUGUUACUUCUCUGUAACAAAACUCUUGAUUUCAUAAAAAUUCUUACUAAUCCAUAUGCAAUCUUUGUAUAUAUGGCAAGAGUUUGAGAUCAAAUGUAUUGUACUGUAAAGUAUGCAAAAAAGUUUGUGGUAGGGAAUAGACUAAGGGAUCUUUCUGUAAUUGCUACUGUCACAUAGUACAAUUUUGCACAUGAUUUAAUACUGUGUAAUACAAUGGAGAUUUAGGUCAAUGUACUGUCCUGUGAAUCACAAAAUUGCUUUCAAAAAGGCUUUCUUCGUAGCAGGUAUUUCUAUCCAAGGAAAUCAGUAUUUUUAAGUAAGUAGUGAAGAAGCUGCAAGAAACCUUACAUGUAUGUGAGUAUAAAUAGGUUCAAACUAAAAGGGACAAAGAAAACGGUUGAAUACCCCCUUUGAAGAUCUUAUUUACAUUGCUUAAUUAUAUUUCAUACACUGUAGGUUCUUUUUGGAGUUACACUUUUCUCAAGGUUAUCCACGUAAGUCUUAAAUUGUUGAAGUAAAAGCUUUUGGGUGGGUUAAAACUAAAGGUGCAAAUGAUAAUAAAGUUGACUUGAACUUUUUUAGCAAAUGAAUAAUCUACUCUCAUCAUGAAAACUAAAGCAAAUUAUGCAUCUGCAGGUCAGAUGGAACAGUACAAGGGUUAUUAUUUGCUUUACUGUUUGUAGAAGUUGUAGACUUCUCUAAUUGGGGCAGGUCGGCUGCUCUUUUCACAUAGUUCUGAUCUAGAGCUUCUGCAUUUUCUUAAGCUUCUCACAAACAUGUUCCUGUUGUAAUAGACCUGAUCAUGACAAUACAUUUUACUGUAAUACAGCCCAGAAUAUGUUGGCCAUAUUAGGCUAUCUAUUGAAAUUACACAUUCAGAGCUAAAUUGAAUACUUCUAUAACAGCAUGUAAAGUUCAUUUCGGCUCAUCAUUCCAAAAUUGCAACGCUUUUUUUUUUAAAAGAAAACUGUAUACAAGCAUCCUGAGAAUUUAGAAGUCAGUACAGUAGUUGUGAUAUGAAAAUAUUUAAUUUCACUACAAUACUUUCUGAUGUGAAAAUGUCAAAACACUUGGAAUUGUUUAAAAAAGAAAAAAAGAAAAAAACAACAGAAACAAUGUUCUUUGCUCAUAGCAAGAAAUGGAGGUCUCUGAAUGGAAGCUGACAAAACAUUUUUUUCAGCUGCAAUAGUUGAAUGGAAUGAGAUGAUAAAUAUAAAAAUAGUCAGCACUGAAUAGACAAAGCUUAGUAGGAGUUUUAUGUGCAUAUUACAAGUCUGAAACCUAUUUCUAGUAAAGAGCAUUGCAAGAGGCAGUCAAACUUUUGAGAGCAAAUGCUGAUAUCUUGCAUGACAGAUUGGCCACCUCAGUGAGAAGCCUGCAGCAGCCAUAAGAAGUUAAGACAGUGCUUUAAUCCUAACCAUUUGAAAUAUUGUUCAUGUGUACACAUUCAUUUUAUAUAUACAUAAUUUUAAUUGAAUUUAUGAAGAGAAAAAUAAAGUAUAUGGACUACAACUGGAAGCAAAAGCUAUUCGGGUGAAGAUCAACUUUGCAAGUUUUAAAACUUACCAAAGGUGGUUUUCAACAUCUGUUUUUUAGAAAUGUCAAAUGCUUAGCUUAAUAAACAUGUAAGUGAGGCAAAUGAGAAAAUCAAGUAUACAUUGAAAAAAACAACAAUUACAGCAUUGAAAUAAAUCACUUAAGUGUAGUAGAUACUUAGUAUUCAGGAAAAGGGAUAAAAAUCUCAUAAUAGUGGUCACCUAACUGUACCAGUUUACUUUCUAAAUGAACCAACUGAUUGUAAUAUCCUGAUAAUGGAUUGGGCAAGGUUUGCUAUACCAUAUGAAAGGCACAGCAGUGUGCCUCAUUAUGAAUAUUUCUGCUGUGCUUUAAAUAAAGUGAUGGAGUGAUGCAUGAUUGUUUACGUCAGAGGCUUUAGGUCAGUGUUGUACCAGUGCAUCUUGUUGUCUUCCUAGCAGUAUGAUGUUCUUUAUCUGUUAAAAUUUGAAGCUUGAGAGAAUAAUAUUUUUAAAAUAGUUUCUUGUACACUUGUAUUUUGCAUAUAUUCUGUGGAAGCAAUGUUGGACUUGAAAUAAAAAAAGUAUUUUUGUGCUUAGGAAGCAGUCUAUAUUCUCUUCCUAAGUUAUUUGUCUUCAUUCAAAUAUAAGUAAAAAUCCAAAUAAACAUCCAAAUAUCUUAUGCUGUGUGUGCAUUUCAGCUGCAUCAUAAGAGCAGCUUAAAUUUGCAGUUUGUGUGUUAUGAUGAACGAGUUUCUGUCCUUACUUAAUCUGUAGAUCUGUAGAGUAUUGCUGGAUUAUGUGGUUGGAGCAUUGGUAUUUGUGUCUCUGAACCUGGUGGUUCCUUAGAAAAAAGAAAUUUUCUAGCAAAAUUACAGCAAUUUAGCUAAAUCAUGGCAAUAUAGCAAAAUUAUGACAACAGCCUCAACCUUUUUUUGGUAAAAGUGAAGAACUCACUUUCAUAUGUAGCUUUACAGAAGUUAAAGGCUUAUCAAUAAAUGGGUUUCUUCUGUAGGUUACAAACAUAAGAGGAAGUAGAAUCUAUAUAUAGGUUUAGAAAUAGAAUUUCUCUAAUCUUAAGGUUACACAAGUGAAAGGAAGUGAAGAAAAUUAAUUCAAGAUAGGUCAGUCAUUAAAUCUAGUAUUGAGAAGGAAGGAGGUCGGGUUUGUAGCCAAAGCAUUCUCAGCCUUAGCUGUUAUAUGGAACUGAGGACCUGCUGGAGCACUGUCAGUAUUUAGUACCCAUAGCCUUAAAAUGUCUCAGCCUGGUUCUCAUUCGAAAGGCUAGGGGCUUUCCUGAAACCACCACCAAGUCAUUUGCAGAAAACCCGUUUUUCAGCUCAGUAUUUACCUUCCUGAAAAGGGUUAUCUGGUAAUUUUGUAGCCAUGGCUAUAUAUGAUUUAGUAUAUGAUUCUUUAAAAUGAGCACUUGGUUAAUCAUACUCCCGUGACUUCUUUCAUUGAUGAACAGCCUUGUACAAAGCAGCCACACGUGUUCUGAAAUGCAGUUCACUGGCAUGGAUGUUGUCUUCAGAGUUAAAUGCCAGAGAAAUCCUCAAAUUCAACACCAAAGUGGUCUAGCAGAACUUAAAUAUCUUGCCUUAUGCUGACUGUUUCACUGGAGCUAAAAAAAAAAAUAAAUCACUGGAACCUGAAAUGCAGGCUGAUCAAAACCAAUCACAGACGCAUUAAUAGAGUCUAUCACAGUAGCUAACUAGGGUAGAUAGUUCAAACGUUUUUAGGAGCUAAUCCCAUAACAGUGGGAAUGAUAGGUUACCUAUAAAGGACCCAUGGAAGACCUGAAAGUAGAAAAAAAUAUACUGAUCUAUUUUCAUGUGCCUAGAACUCAUGGUGAAGAGGUCGUUGCCUUCACUGGAAAAAUAUUUAAAGGUUCUUGGGUUGGUAACCACCAAUGUAUUGCAUUCAUGCUCGCCACAGACACAGAUUUCUAGGUUGGAAGAGACCUCAAGAUCAUCGAGUCCAACCUCCGACCUAACACUAAGUACUCCACUAAACCAUAUCGCUAAGUUAAUAUCCUAGCUUUCUUUUGGGUAACUUCUUGUUCCCAGCAUUCAUGCUAAGCUGCUGUGGUAAUUUGUCGCAUUUAGGAGGGAAAGUCACAUAUAUGGGAAAGCAUACACAAUUUUUGCCUGAAGAUUUAGUGCUUGUUUUUAUGAUCACUUAAAAAGAUGCUAACGUAAUACAAGAUUUUUCCAAGAGCAUUUCUUCAAAUGAGUUGUAAGUUGCUGGUAACCUCUCUAGGGAGGAUGUUGAUCUUUGAUUUAUCUCACAGAUUUGUUCCUCUUGGUUGAUUUUUCCAGCCACCGUAGACAUUUGUAGUAGCCAGGCUUUCCCAUUCCUUUUCAAAACGAAAAAAAAAAGUUACCUUUACUUCUUCAUAGUACUUAGCAAAUAAACUUUAUGGGAGGACAGAAGGACCACCAUCCUUGUUCUUUCUAAAAGACAGAAUUAGGCCAGGGUUUAGGCUCUUCCAGUACUGGCCCAGAG